UGAUGUUUCUUGAACGAGCGUGGAGAGAAAGAGAGAGAGAGAGAAAGGUGUAGCAGUCUGACAUGUGCCAUGUGGCGGCUCUUAAAGUCACCUCCUUCAGUGAUGCGAGAGCCAACUAUUUUAGCCUCUGCUUUGCAAGCAGCGCCUUCACCUUCUUUGCCUUGGUCCGCCCAGCAUGCUGAGGCAACUGCCUUGAAGCAUCGGCUUGAUGUCUUGGCGCGAAACCUCGACAGCUGCGAAGGUGAACUUGUGGAUCACGCUUGGGUCCAACGCUUCGUGGCUGCCCAUACCCGCUUGGUAGAACUUGGUUGCCGUUUGGAGGGUGGCUUCGUCGACGUAGAUGCAGAGGUACAACGCCUACAGCAAGUGCUGGCACAUUCGCGAGUUCUGAGAGCUUUGAAGGGCGAGUCGGAUGAGAUGUCCCUGGAGUCGUCGGGACAAGUGUUUCACUAUGGUGAUGGGGAGGCUGCUCAGGGUGAGGACUUGGAGAGCACUUAUGAAGCUUUUGAGCGCUUCACUGAGCAGGAGGCGCAUCAUGCUGCGAGCUCUCUUUGCAAUGAUUGGUGUGCACCACGUAUCAGAUCAUUUUGUAACAUAGCUACAGCUACGGCAUCAUUGUAUAUAACAGUGCUAAAUAAAGAUAGGCCAGGACAUGUUCAAAGCAAUUUGUGACUGUAAACCCGCAUGUUGACACUGGGUUGGACCUCACCUACCCUAGGCAUAUCGUUGGCGUUUGAUUCAUUUGACAGUAAUGAUUUGUUUAUUUAUUUAUACUCCAUACUAUACCUCUACUAU